GUACUAUUCUUUCCUAGGUGUGAAAUGUACUAAUUUUGAACGAUGAUGAAAACAAAAAAAAAUCCAAAAAUCACUUUAACAAUUGUCAAAGCAAUGCACUACUUUAUUUUAUUGAUCAAUAAUUUACUCUAAAAUAUAGUUCAGCUCCAGCAUGUUAAAAAAACCCCAUUUGAAUAUCCGUUAUUUAAUUAUAAAGUGAAAAUGAAACAAUAAAACAAAGAAUAAAUAAACAUCCAGUGUACUAAACAUGAUAAAAAAGAAAUUUUUAAGACUAAUUACUCCAAAAAAAAUUACUCCAAAAAAGUCUCUACAGUACAGUGUAAUAGAUGAGAGGAACAAAAAAAGUAUUCCUUUGAUACAAUUUAAUAAUCCAAAAAACAAAGAAAAAGACACUAAAAUUAUAAAUAAAAUUUUAAAAUCAAAAAAAUUGUUCGUGAUUGGUUAUCCAACUCAAGGCGGGAUAAAUGUCGUAAUAAACUGUAGAUGGCAUGACAAUCGUCGAGUUGUAGCGACUCCUGGUGUCAUUUCUACACCUCUGUUGGUGAAGCCGUGUCUGAGAAAUCCUAAAUUCCGAGAGGAAAAUUGGGGAUCUGCAAAGUUGGAUAACCUGGUCGACAAACUGUGCGUCAGCGUCACUUUGCUGUGUAAAACGAUAGUGAUUGUAUUUGUGUGCAAUAUAAAACGUUUAAUCAGCAAUUAUAAAUAUAAACACCAUAAUUAUAUUUAAAUAAAUCAGUCGAAUAAUAAUAUCAAAUAAUUAAUGACAUUUUAAAACCAAAUGUCACUUAUUGGUUCUCCUCAAGUGGUUCAGAGAGAUUAUUUACACAGAAUAAUUAUUAUCAUUUAAAAACAAUUACUACCGUGAUCAAAUUCCGAGCAAAUAACUAAUUCUGAUAGCUCAUACUCUGAAGGCAACUCGAGUACGGUGUUGUCUACUGAGCAAGAUCAAUCAGGGAAAAAUCAACAGCAUAACCAGAAAGACAACCAAAAUCAACAACAACGGUCGACCGGAAGUGCGGCGGCCUUAACACCGACCGCUGCUGAGGAUAGUGGAGCUCUCUGUGAAAUGCGGAGAACACCACCGCAAAACAAAGUGGACAGAUCGGCAACCGGACAAUCCGGAAGCUCGCCACGAGUGACACUUCGUUUGAACCAAGUUCGAGGAGCAAGGGAUGAAAAAAAAAGUGCAAACGCUCGUCAGGGUGUAAGUGGAUCAACACAAGGACAGAUGGAUACUACGAAAUCAUCGUCUUCCACGACAUCAUCAUCACCUGCAACUUCAACAGCAAGUUCAGGGGGUUCAACGACACCCGGUAAUACAUCAGCACCUGAUAGUACUGAUGUCUAUGAAUUUAAAACCUCCAAAGAAGCAACACCAGUUCGGGGAUCAUCACCAAAUCCUAGUGGAGAUAAAGACAAAGAUGUUGGUAAAACUGGACAAGCACAAGGUUCUAAUAAUUCUCCUGGCAAUUCAAAUCCAUCUUCUAGUAACACUAGUGAUUCUGGUGCUAAUACUAAUGCUUCUAUUGCUACUGGUGCUACUGAAAAUCAAACUACCGGGUCUCCAGCUCCAAAAAGAACUCAUGAAAAUGAUACUAAUGAUGAACAGGAUGAUGAAAAUAGAAGGAAAAAAAGGAAAGAAGUGGAACCAAAAGAUGGAACUAAAAAUUCUAACUCUGGACGAGCUAGUACUGGACGGGCUUCUGGAGGCACCGAAAAGUCGUCAGACAAGGUCGGCUCAAGCGUAACUGCAUCAUUUGUUGAACAGUGUGCUAAAUCAGGAAAGCAGAAUGCCAAUGUGACAACUGGGAAAAGCAGUCAGACCUCAAGUACAACUAAUGCAGACCGGAAAAGUCCAAGUACACCAACAGCAAGCAGUCCAAAGCCAUCAAAUAAUACUACUGGUAAUAAUUCUAAGACAGCUACACCAGCGCCAACUGAAUCAGAUGGUGAAGAUGAACGUCCAAAAUCAUCAGAAUCAGGAUCAGGUCCCAAAGUUCCGCCAUUGAAGAUAGUUAUUCCACAAAGUACAGCUUCAGAGCAGGAACAAGGUACGAGGAAUGGCAAAAAUCCAUCAGCAAGAGGCCAUCAAUUACCUUAUGUUGUUCCUAGUUCUAAUAGUAAUGAUGCUAGUGAUAAAGAUAGUGGACAAACUGCCAAUGGUGGAACUACAAGUCCAACAGAGGCUGGAAGUAGUAGCAAGACUGAAGACAAAAAAGAGUUCAGUACUACUAAUACUGAAGAAAGGUCUACUCAUCAUCAAAGGGUUUUGAGAAGUUCUCACAGGAGUGGGAAUGGUGGUAAUGGUUCAGCAGCAUCAAAAGAUUCAUCAUCAAAUCAAUCAAAUAAUGGUAACUUCUCCAAUUCAUCUCCAUUGCCAUCAACAUCAACAGAUCGUUCAAAUAAUCCAUCACCACAACAACGUCAUAAUUCACCAACACCUGAAACAACUAGUACAGAGUCAAGCAAACCAACAACAACAGAAUCAACGACCACAAAUUCAUCAUCAAAGUCAUCGAGUGGUAAUGAAAAGUCUGAGAAAAAUAACGAAAAAGCAGAAAAAAAUUCAAAGGAUUCUGAUAAUUCGGAAAAUUCAUCAACAACAUCUACUCCUAGUACAAAUGUCACUACAACUGCUCCAACUGUUGAAUUACAUCCGAGAAAGAGGAAAAUUAAAUCAAAUAAAGAAUCCCAAGCAGCUGCUGCUACUGCUACCACUAAUGACAUUAAUGAAUCCAAUAAUGCAGGACCAGAAGUUCAUCCUCAUGAUCAACCGAUAACUAAUUGUUGUCAGUUAUUUUUGAACAUUAGAAAGCAAAUAGAAAGAAGAAGAAAAGGAUUAUUUCCUGUACAACCAAAACCACCUCAAGGUUUUAAAGAUUACUUGAUGAAUCGAUGUACAUAUGUUUUAGCAAGUAACACUAGCAAUGAACCCACAGUCAAUUUUCCUGUUACUCUUCCUAGUUCAAUGAAGGAUCUUUACAUUGAACAGGAAAAAGAAAGAUAUAAAUUAAGGAUGCAACAUGUUGUUGAAAAGGAAAAACUUGUUCUUUCGGUUGAACAAGAAAUUCUCAGGGUUCAUGGCAGAGCUGCUAGGGCAUUGGCUAAUCAAUCUUUACCAUUUUCUGUUUGUACCAUUCUCAAGGAUGAAGAAGUGUAUAAUGUUAUUACUCCGGAACAGGAAGAAAAAGAUAGAAACGCAAGGUCCAGAUAUAAUGGACGGUUAUUUUUAAGCUGGUUGCAGGAUGUUGAUGACAAAUGGGAAAAAAUAAAGGAAUCAAUGCUAUUGAGGCAUCACAAUGAAGCAGAAUCUUUACAUGCUGUUCAAAAAAUGAAUUGGGAAUGGAAGUUGAAAGAAGAAGGAUUAUGUGAAUUUAAAGCUACUCCACAGAUUGAAGACAUUCAUGUGCCUAUAGUUCAUGUCUCAGAUGAUUUCGAUCUUCUUCCAGCCUAAAAUUAUUAAACAAUUAUUUUUUUUUUACCUUAAAAAAAGUAAUUUUUUUUUAUUCAGUUGACAUAAGUCAAUUAUUCAUUACAAAUUUUGCAAAUACUAUACAUCUAGAGUAUAGUAAUAAUGUAAUUUUAAUACUUAAAAAUAAUAAUUAAUUAUUUUGCCAUUUUUGCAUUA